AUGAACCUGUUGCUCUCAGACGACUAUCUCCUCCAAGACUACCCCGAAAACAUCACCAAUACGAUCCGAUCCGGCCAUGCGACAUGUCUGCGCUUCAAUCGCAAAGGCGACUACCUCGCCUCGGGCCGCGUUGAUGGCACCGUCGUCAUAUGGGACCUGGACACUAUGGGUGUCGCUCGCAAGCUCCGGGGUCAUUCUAAGAGCAUUUCUUCCCUGAGUUGGUCUCGGUGUGGGAGGUACCUGCUGUCCGCAUGUCAGGGCUGGAAGGCUGUUCUGUGGGAUCUCAAGGAUGGGAAGCCCCAUCGCCAGGUCCGUUUCAAGGCGCCCGUGUACAUUGCGGAGCUUCACCCGUGGAACCAUCUUCAAUUUGUCGUGUCCCUCUACGAAGAACAACCCCUCCUCGUCGACAUAUCUGAGCCGGUCGCAAACAAACAUGUACUUUCAACAGCUCCGAGGCGUGUCAAGGUCGAAGAGGACGCAGAGAAGAGGGCGCGUCAGAAGAAGGAUGACGCGAGGCACAUGACCACAGUGACAAUCUACACCAAGUCGGGUGACCACAUACUGGCCGGCACAAACAAGGGCAACCUCAACAUCAUCGACGCGCGAACGCACGAGAUAAUAUACACACAGCUCAAGGUGUGCAGCGGUGUGGUCACAACACUCAAGCUUACGCGUUCAGGGCGGGAGCUGCUUGUAAAUGGCCAGGACAAGGUCAUCAAGACGUUCCACCUUCCUGACCUCUCGGCAGAGGACCUCGACUCCGAUACGAUCCAAUUGCCUAUCGAGCACAAGUUCGAGGACGUGGUAAACCGCUGCUCAUGGAACCACGUCACCUUCAGCUGCACAGGCGAGUACGUGGUAGCCUCCACUUACAACAACCACGAGCUAUACAUCUGGGAGCGCGGGCACGGCAGUCUCGUGAGGAUGCUGGAGGGGCCGAAAGAAGAGCAGGGCGUCAUAGAGUGGCACCCCUCCAAGGCCUUGCUGGCAGCAUGUGGGCUAGAGACUGGUCGUAUCAACAUCUGGAGCGUAACAAGCCCACAGCGCUGGUCAGCCUUGGCACCGGAUUUUGUUGAGGUGGAGGAGAAUGUCGAGUACAUGGAAAGGGAGGACGAGUUCGACAUCCACCCCCAGGAGGAGAUCAAGAAGCGCAAGCUGGAUCAGGAGGACGAGGAGGUUGACGUGAUGACCAUCGGACUGGCAGGCGUUGGAGACCACCCGGGCGGGUUUGAGAUACCGAUCCUUUUCAAUCUGGGGGACUCGGACAGCGAGGAGGAGUUUGUUGCUGUCUCGACGGGGACUAUGAGGAGGAGAAGCCCUGGGGAUGGAGCAGACGCGGAUGGCGAGGCGACGGGGGCAGAGGAGAAACAGGGCAAAAAGACAGGCAACAGAGGAAGGGCUAGGAAGAGAUGA